GCUGUCGGGCUGCUCAGAGCUCCGUAACUGGUCUCAGGUCUUGUCCUGAUAUCACUCCGCUAGCAUGGAGGAGGAGAGUGCUUGAUUAUUGUGAUGGUGGCAGCAGCUGCGAGCGACUAGCAGAUCGGUGUCCUUAGGAUUUCCUUUUGAGCGUCUCUCCAACGGGCAGGCUAUUUGAACGCACGCCGUACAGUCUUUACUGAAGGUUGGAUUUUGUCGACCAAGCUAAUGAAAUGCAAGUUCACGCAACAACUCUGGAGCCUGUUCGCUGCAGACUGCAAAACUUUUUCUUAGAGGACAACACAAUAAAACGGCGAGCUCGCAAGAUCGGCUGUUCGGUGUGAUGGUCGCUCGUAACAUCCGGAUGUUGUAUGGGGUUAUUUUAGAGUAGUGUAGCCGUUCAGGCGGGGGAAGAGAGCCGGGGAGACCCGGCAGCUUUGCUGGUUCGGUCUUACACGCUCCGACAUUGUUGUCUCCUUUCUCGCACAACGGGUACGGUGAUACUGAAACAUUAUUGAAUGGUUGAGACAGUGCUUCUCCCGGAGGAGGGAAGCAACCACCACUGCUUGUUUACAGUCAUUUGAAAGUACACUUCUUCAGUAAUUCGUCCCUGAAAAGACUUGGGGCAGGACUGAGAGAGAUUUGGAAGAACGGGGUCUGGGGCUUGACAAAGUUCUUCCAAAAUACUGUUUCACAGCACAGAUGAUGGGGGAUUUUGCAACCCCCGCUGCCGCGAAUGGCAGUAGUAUUUGCAUCAACAACAAUGCCAUCGGCAGCGGGCUGAGUGCGAACAACAACACCUCCACGAACAGCGUGGGCAUUCCGAAACACAGCACCGUGGUGGAGCGACUCAGGCAGCGGAUUGAGGGCUGUCGGCGCCACCAUGUGAACUGCGAGAACCGGUAUCAGCAAGCGCACGCCGAGCAGCUGGAGAUCGAACGCCGGGAGACAGUCACUCUGUAUCAGCGCAGCCUGGAGCAGAGGGCGAAGAAGUCAGCUAAUAACAAGCAGCAGAGCAAACAGCAAGACCCCGAUUCUGCAGCAUCUACGGAGCAGAGGAACAGCACACUUAUAGCGCUACAAGAGACAGUGAAAAGGAAACUGGACAGUGCUCGCUCACCUUUGAACGGGGACCAGAAUGGCAUCUGCGAUGGGAAUUACUCCCCGAACAACAAGAGGCUACGGAAGGAGAGUGGUUUGGACUCACUGGGGAGCUUACCCAACAAUGUACCGCCCAUCUCACCCCUGCAUCAAAUGGACAUUAAGCCACCUCUGGGGAUCAACAACAUUGCAGGAAAUGGAAAUGUUGGAAGCAACCACAUCACUGGGCGGCCUGAAGAUCUUGGCAAGAAUGGCGGUCUGCCUGAUAUCAAACUGAAUGGGUCGCUGGACCUAGACGAUAGCUUCAGUCUUCUCAAAGACAUGAAGCAAGAGCCUCUGGACGAUGUUGGUGGAAUGGAGUCAUCGGACACGGCCCUGUCAAACCAGAACAAACUGUUUUCAGAUUUCAACCUCAAUGACCAGGAGCUUCAGGAGCUGAUUGAUGAACUAGCCAACACAGUGCCUGAGGACGACAUGCACGACCUGUUCAAUGAAGAGGACGACUUUGACGAGAAGAAGGAGGCGGACUUCACACGACCACCAGGCCAGACAUCACUUCCCCAAGACCCACCUCCGUCUGUGCCAGCACCAGCGCCCCUGCCACCCACCCAGAACAGCCAGAUGCCCAUGGGCUCCCCUCAGGUGCGGCCGUCCUCUUCGGGGCCACCUUUCGCCACUGCAGCCAGUGCUACACCGCCCCAGCAGCCCUUGCAGCAGUCUCCGGCUGUGGCCAUGGCAUCGGGGUCACCGGCUAACUGUGUGGCACAGUCACCACAGGCGCCCACUCAAGCUCAGACGCAGGCGCCCAGGCCUGGCAAUGGAUACAUGAUGAACACGGGUCCGGCAGUAGGGCCGGUGGGGUCGACGUCGAUAUCUGCCGGAGGUCCAGGGCCAGGAGGAGGUGGAGGUGGCGGCCCGGGACCAGUCCCCGUACCAGCUGCCCCCAACUCCGACCUUUCCCCAGCAGAGCAGCUGAAACAGAUGGCAGCCCAGCAGCAGCAAAGAGCGAAACUCAUGCAGCAGAAGCACCAACAGCAGCAGCAGUCACAGGCUGCAAACUGGUCGCCCGCUGGUCCCCCUACCAGUCCUUAUGGGGGACCCUUCAACCCUGACAAACCAAAUAGCCCCAUGAUGUACCCACAAGCCUUCAACACGUCCAACUCCAUGGUGCCAGCCAUGGCCGGGAACCCGCAGAAGCCCGGCAUGAACAACUACCUCCAGCAGAAUCACAUGAACAUGAUGACUCCGCAACAGCAGCAGCAGCAGCAGCAACAGCAGCAGCAGCAGCAGCAGCAACAGCAGCAACAGCAGCAGCAACAGCAGCAGCAACAGCAGCAGCACAGCAGCAGCAGCAGCAGCAGCAGCAGCAGCAGCAGCAGCAGCAGCAGCAGCAGCAGCCACCAAACAACCUGA